ACAUUUUGUUGCAUGCUUACAAGAGGAUUGCUGCAUUUGCCUUGCAUUGCUUAAUAUUAUCCAUUAUUGUUAUCAUGUUAUAUUUUAUGCAGAUCGAAUGGGCAAAAGAAUGAAACUAAACUUCCUUCUACUGUUUCCUGUUGGAGAAAACCAAUCAAAAAUUCAUAUCGUGUAAAGAAGGCAAGCAAUAUUCAAUCACAAUGGUAAUGGUGAGGACCUGGAUUGAGCCGGUGGUUGCAACAGCCCAACUGUCCUACUCUUUCUACGACACAGGUCUGCUUAUGGUGGUGCAGGGCUACUAUAACCGGACUAACCCAACAAGUAACAGUUCGAGUGAGGAUACUUUACAAAAAUCCAUUUCAGAUUUCUACAUAAUCUACAACCUUCUCACAAAACUGACCCCUUUCCUGUCUGCUUAUAUAGUGACAAAGCUUGGAGACAAAAUACACAAGAAGAUUACUCUUUGUCUUCCUCUGACAGGAUAUCUGGUAUCUACCUUGAUAUUUCUUUUCUUGAUUCUAUGGGAUUGGCCAAUACAGGUGAUCUUCGGAUCUGGUGCAUUCAUUGGUUUAACUGGCGGAUUCCCAAUAUUCUGGUCUGGAGUCAUGGUUUGGGCAUCACUGAGUUCAUCUGAGAGCCAUAGGUCCAUACGGCUCACUGCAAAUGAAUGUGUGUUUGGGAUAGCAGGUUUUGCGGGCAGCUUAAUAUCUGGGCAUAUCUUUAAUAAUCUUCAAUUUGGAAACCACCAAGGGGUUGUUCUAGUCACCUGUAGCAUAAUAGGUUAUACGUUGUGCCUUAUAUAUAGUAUAUGUGUUUUGAGAAUUCCUUGUUCUAAAGAGUCAAACAUAACACCUUCUGCAUCACAUGAGGACAAAGACACAGAUAUUCCGGAAAGCCAACAGGACAAUAUUGAAUAUACCGAGAGCAGUAGUUUGAUCAAUGCCAAGUCCAGUGAAUCAUUACCAGAUAACCCAAAUAAUGUUUCUAGAAAAAGUCCUGUCUCCAAGGUCCUAAUUUUCCUCCUUUUCAUUAGUGCUGCCCUAUACAAUUCAUCAGUAAAUGGUGCAGAAGAUGUGAUUAGUCUAUUUGUACUAAAGGAGCCUCUAAAAUGGGGACCGGUAGAAGUGGGCUAUGGAAAUGCAGCAGCCUAUAUGAUAUUUGUUACAAGUUUUCUGGGAGUUAUUGUUCUCUCCAAGUGUUUCAGUGAUCUGAGCAUGAUCGUAAUUGGAAUGUUCUCAUUUGCUGCUGGAAUUAUGACAAUGGCCUUUGUUUCUCAGAGUUUCAUGUUUUACAUUGCUCGAGUUGCAAUGAUAUUUUCUCUGAUACCAGUGCCGACAAUCAGAUCUAUGUUAUCCAAACGGGUUCAGGAAUCUUCAUACGGAAAAAUCUUUGUUGUACUCCAAAUUAUCCUAUCAGUCAUUGGUGUGAUGGCUUCAGUUGCAUUCAAUGCGAUUUACCAAGUUACAUUACAUUGGUUUAGUGGAUUCACCUUUAUUGUGAUCUUCAUCAUUGCAUUCAUAAGCUGUAUUCCCAUCAGCAUUGUAUUCUGCAGGGAAAAAAUGAGAAAGGAAAAAUAAAGGCUGAGCUACAA